CCAGUCCCAUACUGCAAACAAAGAGGAAGCUGCUUUCUUCUCUCCGCUCUGCAAAAACUUCCUCGGUGCCCCUCCUGGAAUCUGGACCCUGCAGCUUGUUGUGGCUUCUCAACUCCUCAGAAAGGAUGAAAGAGACUGAAUCUGUAAACCUAGCAAGAAUGGAAGGGGGAAGAUGGACGGUUGACCUGGUCAGGUUGUCUCCUGCAUCCCUCCUCACAGCCUCUGAGCGUUCCCUCUCAGGGACUUCUGAGAGAUCUGACAAGGCGUGGACGUUGCUGGAUCCUGUCCAAAGAACUCUGCAUAAGGAAGACAUGGAGGAGAAUCGUGGGAUCAUGGACCCUCUGGAUGGUGAUGAAUUGGAAGGGAAGAACAAGGGGGACCACAACAGAAUCCACAUAGCGGAGAAGUCAGAUAAAUAUUCAGAGUAUGGAGAGAACAUCCGUCAGAGCUCCCAAUCCACCUCCCAUCAAAGAAAGAGCUUCGUUCGGAGGGAUAGCCUGACUUCACACAAAAGAACACACAGUAGGGAGAAAUUGUAUCAGUGCAGAGUAUGUGGGAAGAGCUUCAAUCGGAAGUACAGUCUCACUUCGCAUCAGAGAAUUCAUACAGGGGAGAAACCUUAUCAAUGCUUGGAAUGUGGAAAGAGCUUCAGACACAGGGCGAGUCUCACUUCGCAUCAAAGAGUUCAUACUGGGGAGAAACCCUAUCAGUGCUUGGACUGCGGAAAGAGCUUCAGUGACAGGAACAAACUCACUUGCCAUCAAAGAAUUCAUACAGGGGAUAAACCGUAUCAGUGCUUAGAAUGUGGGAUUAGCUUUCGUCUGAGUGGUGAUGUCACUCGCCAUCACAGAAUUCAUACAGGGGAGAAACCCUAUCAAUGCUUGGAAUGUGGAAAUAGCUUCAGUCACAGUAAUAGUCUCAAUGCCCAUCGAAGAAUUCAUACAGAGGAACAACCCUAUCAGUGCUUGGACUGUGGAAAGAGCUUCAGUCAAAGGAGCAAUCUCAAGACCCAUCAAAGAAUUCAUACAGGGCAGAAACCCUAUCAGUGCUUGGAAUGUGGGAAGAGCUUCAGCAACAUUGCUAUUCUCACUGCCCAUCGAAGAAUUCAUACAGGGGAACAACCCUAUCAGUGCUUGGACUGUGGAAAGAGCUUCAGUCACAGACACAAUCUCACUUCCCAUCAAAGAAUUCAUACAGGGCAGAAACCCUAUCAGUGCUUGGAAUGUGAAAAGAGCUUUAGACGCAGCCACCAUCUGACUACACAUCAAAGAAUUCAUACAGGGCAGAAACCCUAUCAGUGCUUGGAAUGUGGAAAGAGCUUUCGUCAGAGUGGUGAUCUCACUUCCCAUCAAAGACUUCAUACAGGGGGGAAACCGUAUCACUGCUUGGAAUGUGGAAAGAGUUUUCGUAUGAGUGGUGAUCUCACUUCCCAUCAAAAAAUUCAUACAGGGGAGAAACCAUAUAAAUGCCUGGAAUGUGGAAAGAGCUUUAGUCACAGGCACAGUCUCACUUCCCAUCAAAGAAUUCAUACAGGGGAAAAACUCUAUCAGUGCUUGGAAUGUGGAAAAAGCUUCAGUCACAGGCACAGUCUCACUUCCCAUCGAAAAGUUCAUACAGGGGAGAAACCCUAUCAGUGCUUCGAAUGUGGAAAAAGCUUCAGUCAAAGUGCCCGUCUCACUUCUCAUCAAAGCAUUCAUACAGAGGAGAAACCCUAUCAUUGCUUGGAAUGUGGAAAGAGCUUCAGUCGGAAGGAUAUUCUCACUUCCCAUCAAAGAAUUCAUACAGGGGAGAAACCGUAUCAGUGCUUGGAAUGUGGAAAGAGCUUUCGUCAGAGUGGGGAUCUCACUUCCCAUCGACGAAUUCAUACAGGGGAGAAACCCUAUCAGUGCUUGGAAUGUGGAAAGAGCUUCAGUCACAGGGUGAGUCUCACUUCCCAUCAAAGAAUUCAUACAGGGGAGAAACCCUAUCAGUGUUUGGAAUGUGGAAAGAGCUUCAGUCGGAAGGAUAGUCUCACUUCCCAUCAAAUAAUUCACGCAAGAGUGAAAACGUCUUAGUGUUUGGAAUGUGGGAGAAGAUUCAGUCAUGGCUCACCAAAUACAGGGUUGAAAGCAUAUCAGCACAUGGAAUGUGUAUAAAAUUUCACUUACUAAAAAGUCAAUUUAAGAUUUCACAGCAGGGUGAAUUAUAGAAUUAUAGAAUCAGAAUCUAGUCCAACCCCCUCCAGAAAUUUCAUUUCAAGCAUCCAUGACAGAUGGCCAUACAACGUCGUCUUCAAAAAAACCCAAUGAAGGUCCACCCCCUUCUCAUAGAGUUCCUUUUCACUGUCAGCUCUUACUAUCAGAGUGAAAAUAUUUAAAAAGACUUUGGAGAAGACUUCCGGUGUGAUGGCCUAUGGCCUUUGACUGCUUUCCUAGGACACCGCACCCCAGUCGUGCGAUUAAACAAUGUGAAUCUGGGGGUGAUUAUCCCUGUUGAACCCCGCAGGGACGGGGCGAAUGUGCCUUCAUCCGCGGGGUCGUCCGAUACCUGCUGCUCGCUACAAUGGAAUGCUACAGUUGGGCCAACGCCCUCCCUCACUUGUCCGAAUGGUGAGGAACUUAGCCUGUAGUAGCAGAGUACAGCAGAAGCAAACUGUCAUUGGAACGCAGCAUCACGAUUUAUUUACAAAAGAAAAUAAUGGUAUGGUCUCUUACGGAAGAUUCUUCAGUUUGGGAAAAUAUCAGUUCGUUAAAAGACCCGAAAGACUGCUGUGUCUUGAUUUUAACCAAACCAAAGAAAGCUGGAGGACAGCCCAGAGUCCUGGAAGAGAAGACGGUGGAAUGAAGUAGGGCCUUCUGAGGAGGGAUUGCACCAAAAACAAUGGAUGGACAACAGGAAGAAGAACAAAAUUUUACUCUUACAUGUUAAUUUGCAUAUAGAUCUGUUAAAUUUGAUGAAAGUUGCAUACCAGUGGCUGUCAAGAUAAGAUAAAGGAUUAAGGUCAGCUUACAAUCUAUUUGAAAUAAACAGCAAAGAGACUUGGAAUCAUUGGCAGGAUUUGAAUAAAUGUACACAAUUUUAUUAGCACAAAAAUGAAUUGGAACAAUAGAAAAGUAAUAUUUACAACUGUACAAUAUGCAGAAACUAUGAUUUAAUAAAACAAGGGAACCAUCAGACAGCACUAGAUGUCAUGACUCUUUAAAGCAAAGGAUCCCGGCACCGUCUGUACGGCGCUGGAGUGGCACCGAUGGCAACCCACUAUAUACAGCACAUAUACAGCACAUGUGCGGCGUCGCUACAUACGACACAUGUGUUGUAGGUAGCAACGCUGCGCAUGAACGCUCCGUAGUGACAUCCCACCCACUGAGUUCAGUGGAUCUAUUGGUCACUACUGUGCAGACCAUGCUGGCCUUACAAAGGCUUCCGGAGAAGACUUCCGGUGUGAUGGCCUAUGGCCUUUGCUUUCCUAGGACACCGCACCCCAGUCGUGCAAUUAAACAAUGUGAAUCUGGGGGUAAUUAUCCCUGUUGAACCCCGCAGGGACGGGGCGAAUGUGCCUUCAUCUGCGGGUCGUCCAAUAUCUGCUACUCGCUACAAUGGAAUGCAGGGGCAGGGGUUCUGGAUGUUUAGCAUUGCACGAAUUGGAAACUCUCCAAUGCCAACGCCAUGAGCGGGAGCAUUCCUGUUUUUCAACAAAGAAUUGAAUUCGGGCUUUGACAGGACUUUCAUCACUCUGCUACAGAAUAUGUGAUGUGAGCAUCUCAUCUUUUUUAUACUUGCUACUGUUGGGCCAACGCCCUCCCUCACUUGUCUGAAUGGUGAGGAGCUCAGCCUGUAGUAGCAGAGUACAGCAGAAGCAGACUGUCAUUGGAACGCAGCAUCAAGAUUUAUUUACAAAAGAAAAUAAUAAGUCAACAGAACGGGGAGCUGACUCACGCAUCCGUAUCCUUCAUCAAAAGCCAGAUGCAAGCACCAGAGGGGAGGAGGGCAACGCCCAGAGGGGAGAGGGAGGAUAUACAUAAAUAGCUCCCGUUCUCACACAGCAAUAUAUGUUGCCCCGCGGAGGACCUUAAGGUCCACAAACAACAAUAUUCUGGAGAUCCCAAGCCAUAAGGUGGCUAUAUUGGCCUCAACUAGGGCCAGGGCCUUUUCAGUAUUGGCCCCAACUUGGUGGAACGCUCUUUCACAGGAGACCAGGGCCCUGCGGGAUUUGUCAUCUUUCCGCAGGGCCUGCAAGGCAGAGCUGUUCCGUCUGGCCUUUGGGUUGGAUUCAGUCUGUCCCCUGUGUUUUCCUCCCUAAUGGUUUGGAUUUAUGGACUACUUAAAAUGAGGAUGCUUUUUAAAUUUUAAUCUGUAUUUUAAUUAAUUCUUUUCUUUUCUUUUAUGUCUUAUUGUAAUUUUAUUGAUGUUAGCCGCCCUGAGCCUGGUUUUGACUGUGGAGAGUGGGGUAUAAUUAAAAAAUCCUUCCAGUAGAACUUUAGAGACCAACUAAAUUUGUUAUUGGUAUGAGCUUUUGUGUGCAUGCAAACUUCUUCAGAAGAUUAGGUAAUUAGGCAGUUAAAGGUAGCAUGUCACACUAUGCAAUGAAAGAAUGAAACGCUGCAAUACUGACAGCUACUUCAUGAUUUGGCAAGCCUCAUGGAGAAAUAUUCAGUUAAUUAAAUGGAAUGCAAGUGAAACUUUAUAAAAAAAACAUGAGAAUUUGAUGUUUAAUGGCGCGAUCCUUUGUGGAGGGCUCUAAUUAGAAGUGGCAAGGUAUCAACUUGUUUGAAGUUAUGAAGAGACUUUGUUCAAAUACAUGAUUAAAUAUGUUUUCGGCUGGGAAUGAUAAAAUGGCACAAAUGAUGGCGCAUUAGGAAAAAAGGAGCCCCUCUCAAAGGGGACAGAGGACAACCAACAGAUUACAACUGGGGAAUAUUUCACACAGGAAACCACAUCUGCUCGCAUGGACUUUUGCCAUAUAAGGAUUUAUAAAAGUGAAGGCCAGUCUUUGAUCUUUGGAAGGUUCCCCUAGGGCCCGGGGGGAGCAAACCUGAAUUGUAGAGGAACCAAAUAAUUAUUACCGGUGACUGUGAAAUAUAUCAAAUGGUAUGGGCUUUUAAGGAAGAUUCUUCGGUUUGGGAAAAUAUCAGUUCGUUAAAAGACACGAAAGACCGCUGUGUCUUAAUUUUAACUAAACCAAAGAAAGCUGGAGGACAGCCCAGAGUCCUGGAAGAGAAGACGGUGGAAUGAAAUAGGGCCUCCUGAGGAGGAAUUGCACCAAAAGCAAUUGAUGGACAACAGGAAGAAGAACAAAAUUUUACUCGAACAUGUUAAUUUGCAUAUAGAUAUGUUAAAUAUGAUGAAAGUCGCAAACCAGUGGCUGUCAAGAUAAGAUAAAGGAUUAAGGUCAGCUUAAAAUCUAUUUGAAAUAAACAACAAAGAGACUUGAAAUCAUUGGCAGGAUUUGAAUAAAUGUACACAAUUUUAUUAGCACAAAAAUGAAUUGGAACAAUAGGAAAAUAAUAUUUACAACUGUACAACAUGCAGAAACUGAUUUAUUAAAACAGUUAAGGGAGCAGGGGAAACU